CUGGGGUAAAGAAAAUGGGAAGCUUGGUGGUGUUAAUUGAACCUCGUUUUUAACCCAUUCAUCAGUAGUGCCCCUAUACAAACUGCGGGGGGAAAGCGCUGAAUCCUUUACUGAGCAGCGCUCAAAAUGGGAUACGGCUAAAGAGGGACGUGUCACUGUAGGCAGGGCCAGCAUUUCAGUACCUUCAAUGAGGAAAAUAUAGAACGAGGCCGAAAGAGGUUUAGAAAUUGUCAAAUCUUAAAGGGACGGUAAUUUUGGUGGGGGGGGUGGGGACUCAAAAUCUGAACCGAACUAAAGUGCAGCGAGAAAACAACACAAAGGAGAGUGACCGAGAGCUCGACCACAUGGAAGGCGUUUGGAGGAGCAGGGUGUUAUUAGCGUGAUUUCCGGUUCCGGUUUGGGCUGGUUGCUAGGUAACCAGGGCCUGGAGUGGAGGAGGAGAGUAAUGGUGGAGACUGUCAUGUUGCUGCAGACAGUGUGCGCCUCCCUGCCCCUAGCUGCUGGCUCUAAUUUAUGGCACUGUCUCUGAGAGAGGCCCCGGUCAGCAACCGGAGGACGGGCUUCGUCAAACCUCAAGGUCUGGGUGGAUGAACUAAACUGUUCCCUAAACUCCACAAGCAUUUAAAUAAUGGAGUUUUUAAAACAGGCAGCAAUGUCAUCUGUUAUGUCAAAUGAAGCUGCCAGGUGCCUGAGGAGGAGUCUCUGGCAGUUUUCCCGGUUACAGUUUGUUCGUCAUUGUAGCUGCAAGAGGGAAAUAUCCAACGACAGUGCAUCAGUCAAACAGGAGCUCACAGUUAAAUCUGAGAAGGCAUCAAAGUCAAGUAAGAGCAAUGGACACGACUUCAAUAAGGCAGAACUGGAUGUUAAAGGUAAUGCAAAGAGAUUAACUGAGCUCCCAGAGAGCUUGCACAGGUCUGCUGCAUUGAAAAAGGUAGGAAGAUCAGCAAUGAAUCUUUCCACUGGAACUUCAAGAAAACAAGAUGAUGCUAGUUUUAUUUGGCAGUCUCAGAACCCUUCCAAAGUCAUGCAUACACAAUCAAGCUUGAAACCUAGUCAUGUCCGCAGCUUGGAAUUUCACAACCUUAGAAAUGAUGAUUUUACAAAAAGAACAGUGCCAAAGAUUUCUCCAUUGACUGAAAGAGAGUCACAUUCUGAAAUGUUGUUUGGCAUUGCACCUUGUAACCUGGCCCUUUCCCAAUUGCGUAGAAAGAUUUUCAGACUGUUUGUUAAAGAAAAUCGAAGACAGCGAGCUGAAGUACAGCAAAUCUAUCAGCGAGUCAGGGAAAUCGGAGUGCCAGUACAUCAGGUGAUGAGGAAGGUGCUUGACAGGUUAUGUGAGAACCAUGUUCACCAAGGUAUUUGUCUUGAGGUGACACCUCUGGACUAUGUGAACUAUGAUCAAUGCUCUUCAACAGAUAUUGAUGGUUCUGAAUUUGAACGCAGUGACAAACCGAUCUUGUGGCUGGCACUGGAAGGAAUCCAGGAUCCCAUGAACAUGGGAGCUGUGCUUCGUUCUGCUUACUUUCUUGGAGCGGAUCUUGUUCUUGUAAGUCGGCAAAAAAG